AUGGGGCCCCGCCUGCGGCCGGAUAUGGACCCCCUGCAGGAGCCUACGACGGACUGGGCCUGCACCGCCUGCGGCAACGUGAACUGGGCGCGGCGGCGCGAGUGCAACCAGUGCAAUGCGCCCAAGCCCGGCGCGGUGGACCUGACGCGCGAGGGCGCCGGCGGCGGCUUCAAGGAGCUGGACAGCGCCGAGGUGGAGGAGGCGCGGCGCCGCCGCCGCGAGCACGAGGCACGCGAGGAGUACGACGAGUUUGGGCGGCCGCGCAAGCCCAGCGCGGCCGAGGACCGCGCGGCGCGCGAGCGCGCCGCGCUGGAGCGCCUGGCGGGGAAGUACGGCGCGCGCGAGCGCAGCCGCAGCCCGCGCCGCGAGCGGAGCCGCAGCCCCCGGCGUGAGCGCUACUGA